CAGACCGGCUCUUCGAAUAGAACUUCAUGCCAUUUGGCUUGAAGAACGCCUCUGCAAAGUUUCAAAGAGUAAUGGACCAAGUCCUCCAGGAGGUGCCGCGGGCACUCGACUAUCCAAAGAAAUGCCACUUCGGGGUUACGACAGUAGCUUACCUGGGGUUUCAGGUGGGAGAAGGCGGGCUCUCGGUGCAGCAGGCGAAGGUGGAGGUGGUUGACAGGCUGAAGGCGCCCACGGAUUGUAGCACGCUAAGAGCGCAGCUGGGAUUCCUGAGCUACUACCGCAGGUUCAUCCCGAACUUCAGCAAGACAGCCAAGCCACUAAGUCAGUUGUUGAGAAAGGAUGAAGGAUGGAAGUGGUGGAAAGAGCAAGAGAGAGCAUGGACCACCCUCAAGGAGGCCGUGAAGACGGCGCCGCUGCUGAAGCUGCCUAACCCAGACGAGCCUUUCCUGCUGUACACAGACUGGAGCAGCAGUGGGAUGUGCACCGUGCUCUGUCAGGAGGAAAAAGGAACAGAGAGGGUGGUGGCGUACGUCAGCAGGUCAUGUAGCCCGGCGGAGAGCAAUUAUAGCUCGUACGAGGGAGAGGGGUUGGCGGCAGUGUGGGCGGUAGAGCUGUUCCGGCCCUACUUGCAGGGGAGGAAGUUCACGCUGGUGACGGAUCACCAACCACUGCUCUGGCUGAUGACGAACCAAACCCUGAAGGACCGGAACGCUCGAUGGGCUAUGCAUCUACAGGAGUUCGAGUUCGACGUGAAGCAUCGACCGGGGAAAGACUUUGCAGCAUGUGGAUGGCCUAACUCGCCAGAGGCAAGAGGGAGACGAGAGGAGAGAGGUGCGGGCAGAGGCCGCACUUACUUGUAUGGCGGUGGCCCUGGAGAAGGAGGGAUGGAACCGGAAGACAGAGACAGCAAAGGGCA